AUGUUGGUGUACUUCUGGGGGUUCCUGUACAGCAACUACUUUCGGUUCUGGCUGAAGUGGAUCUUGAGGCUGCUGACUCGGAAAUGCGAACUGCAGCGUGUCUUUGAUGGCUCGCAGGCAGGGGCGCAGCGGCGGACGCUCAGCAUAGAACAUUCACUGGAAUCCUCAAAGAAUAAGGUUUUAAGAAAUGCUGUACGUGUUGAGGAAGCUGAAGUGGAGAAGUGUGUCAGAGAUGUCAUGAAAGAAAAGAAAAUCGAUCAGAAGGAUACAGGGUUUAAGACAAAUCUGCAUAUAUCCUUACUGCAGAUAUCAGGUUAUAAAAAACUUUACUUGAAUGUGGAGAAUCUGAGGAAGGUCCCAUAUGAUUCGGAUAACGAAGAACAUGAGGAACAGUUAAUUGAGCUUUGGAAUUUGCUGAUGCCUCAUGAGAAUCUGAAGGCCAGAAUCACCAAGCAGUGGUGUGACAUUGGCUUCCAAGGUGAUGAUCCCAAAACAGACUUCAGAGGAAUGGGCCUGCUGGGGUUAGUGAAUCUAGUGUAUUUUAGUAAGCACUACACCGACGAAGCUCGUCAGAUCCUUUCUCGUUCAAAUCACCCAAACCUGGGAUAUUCUUAUGCAAUAGUUGGAAUCAAUCUGACAGAAAUGGCAUACAGCUUACUUAAGAAUGGUGCUUUAAAGUCACAUCUGUACAACGUGGUCUCUGGAUUGCCACAGAUGGAGCACUUCCAUCAGUUUUACUGUUAUCUGGUUUACGAGUUUGACAAGUUCUGGUUUGAAGAAGAACCAGAAAGCAUUAUGCACUUCAACCAGUACAGAGAGAAAUUCCAUGAAAAAAUUAAGGGACUUCUACUGGAUUGUGACGUGAUACUAACCUUACAAAAUACAGAGAAACCUUAACUCCUCUGCAGUCUGUGAGGUUCUGCAUCAAAAAUGGAAUUAUGCAUUUGGAUGGAAGUUUUGCAUGUUUCACCAAAAACUGUUUAACAAUAGAACUUUUUUUAAUGUUUAAAAAAAAAUAAUCAAAAUUCAGUUAAGAAAGCUUGGACAAUCAUCCUCUGUUUACAGGUCUUUAUACGCUAUUCUCCAAAGGACA